AUGCGCGCGUUGCUGCUGCUCGCCGCGUCGCUCACUGGGGUCCUUGCGCAGUGCAGGACGACAUGGAACGGCACCGAGCUCCAAGGCACGCUCGAGGCCGGCGCGUGCCGCUACUCGGUGCGCUAUGGCACUGCUGGCCGCUGGGCGCCCCCCGAAGCAGCAACCUCGCAGGACGGGCUCAGUGCGGGGUCGUGGCCGCCCAUCUGUCCCCAGGCGGCCGACAGCGACGACGUUCAGAUCCUCUCGGAGAAGCGGCAGGAGGACUGCCUUAUGCUCGUGGUCUGGGCGCCGCCGAACGCGACGAGCACGUCGUCGCUGCCCGUUUUCUUCUGGGCACACGGCGGCGCGUUCGUCUCGGGCUCGGCGUCGUCGGCGGGCAUGAACGGCGCGGCGUUCGCGGCAGACGGCAUCGUGUCCGUGUUCGUGCAGUACCGCCUCGGCGCGCUCGGCUUCCUCCCGCCCCCGAUCGCGGAGAGCAGCAACGACCCCAACCUGGCCGUCAUGGACGUCGUGCUCGCGCUCCGCGUGGUGCGGGACAAUAUCCGCGCGGCGGGUGGGGACCCGGGGCGCGUGACGGUCGGCGGGCAGAGCGCCGGCGCGACGCUGAUACGGAGCCUGUUCGGCACGCCGUCGGCCCAAGGCCUGUUCCACGGCGUCGUCCUCCAGUCUGACCCCCUCAACUACGGCCUCCAGUCGCGCCAGAACCAGCUAGACAUGCAAAACUACUUCUACAACAGCCCGAACGGCUCGUUCCCCCACUGCGCCGACAUGGGCUGCUACGCCAAGGUGCCGCUCGACACGCUCAUCGCGUGGCAGGCGUACGUGAACAACACGGCGCCGUUCAUGAUCCCCGGGGUGGCGUUUGGCCUCGUCUUCCGGCCGCAGUACGGCACCCAGACAAUCCCCCACGACCCGACGAACGCGCUGUGGAGCGGCAACGCGUCCCGCCUGUCGCUUGACCCCGCGAUCCCCGUGCUCGCGACGACGGUGAAGAACGAGGCGGGGUAUCUCGUCGGCGUGCUCAUCCCCGUGCCCAUCCCGGCCAGUGCACAGCUCGCAAACUUCACGCUGCGCAAGGUCGUUGGCCCGGAGCGCGCCGACGUGAUCCUCACGUCGGGGCUGUACCCCCUCCAAGAGGGGCUCGACGGGCUCCGCGGGACAAUCGACCAUGUCAUCACGGACGGCGCGUGGCACUGCGUCACGCGCGCCAUGUUCCGCCGCUGGGCUGGCGCCGGGGGGCGCGUGUAUCUGGGCACGUUUACGCGUGGGCUUAUCUACCUCUACAACGCGUUCAAUGACUACUGCCGCAUGCCAGGGGUGGUGUGCCAUGGUGACGACAUCUACCCGGUGUUCUCGUCCCAGCCCAACCCGACGGCAGACAACGCGACAUAUGAAACCACAAUCCGCACCUACUGGUCCACGUUCAUCAAGACGGGCUCGCCGAGCGCAGACUCUCAUUCCUGGCCGCAGUGGACGCCCAACUCGACCGACGGCGAGGUGACCAACCUCGGCAAGGCGACCGACAUGCCGCUGUGCCCCGCCGACUUUUGGGGGAGUAAGGUCAAGUUCGACUUCCAGAUGUACAGCAGCAACGACACGGGGAUCCUCCCUGCGCGGGGUUAA